AUGGGAGGCAUAAAACGUAAAAUAAAGAUUGAGAAGAUCGAAAACAAAGAAGUAAAAUCGGUCUAUUUUACUAAACGACGUGACGGUCUCUUCAGCAAAGCUUCUCAGCUCUGUCUUAUCUCUCCGGCAACUCAAAUCGCAAUCUUAGCGACUCCUCUUUCUUCCAAUUCUCACGCUUCUUUCUACUCUUUUGGACAUUCCUCUGUUGAUCACGUUGUUUCUUCUUUUCUUUACGAUCAGUCUCCUCUUUCCACAAACCAAGAGAACAAGCAAGGGUCAGAAUUAGGGUUUUGGUGGGAAGACGAAGCCUUUGACAGAUCAGAGAAUUUAGAAGAGCUGAAAGAUGCUACUGAUGCGGUUUCGAGGAUGUUGAACAAUGUUAGGCUUCGUUUAGAUGCUGUGAAGAGUAAUAAUCAAAGAGAUGGAGGUUUAGUGAUUGAUCAAAAGGAGGUUCCUCAGCUUCUUAACACCAAGACGAACUACAACGAAGAGACGACGAAUCAAAUUACUGAGUUUGAUGGAACUUUUGGUGAUAAAAUUUUGUCAGAAGAUGAGGAGGAUAUUCUGACUAUUGAUGAUUAUUUUACUGAUGUUAAGCUUGACCCGUUUUGA